AUGGACGGAGCUCAUAAGCUCGGCGAACUCUUUCACGACGUGCGGCGGCGCACUGCGGCGGCGCUCGAUAAGGCAUUAUCCCUCCUCCGCUCGCUCUCCAAGUACCACGCGCACCACGACGUCACGGAGCCGAUGGCGCGGACGCGGCAGGUCUGGCCGCCGCGGCUCGGCUCGCUGCUCGUCCACGUCGUCUACUUCCUCGCCGUCUCCUGGUGCGGGUACAUCCUCCUCGGGGAUCUCAAGUUCCGCGCACCUGGUGGCGACGGGAGCCGGCCCAGCGGCAUCGACCUGUUUUUCACCGCCGUCUCGGCCGCGACGGUGUCGAGCAUGGCCGUGGUCGAGAUGGAGGUGUUCACCAACGGCCAGCUGCUCGUCCUGACUCUGCUCAUGUUCGUCGGUGGCGAGGUGUUCGUGUCGCUAAUGGGCCUCGCGUCCAAGUGGUCCACGCUGAGGAAACAAGCAACAGAAAAUUCUGGGCGGGUCGAGAGCCACGAUGAGCUUGAGAUGCGACCGGUCGCCGAUGCCGUCGACAUUGACAAGACGUCGACGAGCAGCGUCAGCCCGGUGGACGCGAAGCGGCUGCGGCUCAACGCUGUGCGCUCUCUGUUCUUCAUUGUCCUCGCCAUCUUCCUUACGGUGCACGGGCUCGGCACAGCCGCCAUUGCAGCCUACGUCUACUCGUCGCCGGGCCCGAGACAGACGCUUCAGGGCAAGGCCCUGAACGUGUGGACCUUUGCCCUAUUCACAACGGUCUCGACAUUCUCGAACUGCGGCUUCAUGCCGAACAAUGAGAACAUGAUCUCAUUCCCUCGGGACACCGGACUGCAGUUGCUGCUCGUGCCGCUGGUGCUCGUCGGGAACACGUUGUUUGCGCCGCUGCUGGCCGCGUGCGUGCACGCGGCAGCUGCAGCGACGCGGCGUCCGGAGCUGGUGGUGACGGCCAGUGAGAACGGCGCGGAGCUGACGGGGUACGACCACCUGCUCCCGGUGCGACGGUGCGUGAUGCUGGUGGCCACGGUGGCCGGGCUCAUCGCCGUGCAGAUGGCGAUGAUGUGCGGCAUGGAGUGGGGCGGUGCACUGCCGGGGAUGAGCCCGUGGGAGAAAUUGUCCAACGCGCUGUUCCUGGCGGUGAACGCCCGGCACACCGGCGAGUCCACCGUCGACCUCUCCACCCUCGCGCCGGCCAUCCUCGUUCUCUUCGUGCUUAUGAUGUACCUACCUCCAUACACAACAUGGUUUCCAUUUGAAGAGAACUCCAGCAUAAAGGAUCAUCCCGCGGAGAGCCAGGGGAUCGGGUUGCUCGAGAGCACAGUUUUGUCACAACUCUCUUACCUGACUAUCUUUGUCAUCGCCAUCUGCAUCACCGAGAGGACCAAGCUCAAAGAAGAUCCCCUCAACUUUAACUUGCUCAGCAUUGUUGUUGAGGUCGUCAGUGCUUAUGGGAACGUAGGAUUCUCCAUUGGAUACAGUUGCAGCAGAAAGAUCAACCCGGACAAGCUAUGCACAGAUAGAUGGACCGGCUUAGUUGGAAGGUGGAGCGAUUCUGGCAAGCUUGUCCUCAUUCUUGUCAUGCUCUUCGGGAGGCUCAAGAAGUUCAGUAUGAAAGGAGGCAAAGCAUGGAAGCUUAGUUAGAUGAAUCACCUGGUGACCAUUGUAGUUGCAGGCACACAUACUAUUUCCUCUCUCUUUUUCCUCUCUUCUGUUACCCCAAACAGUACUCAUUUAGAUGUAGAAGGGAACCUUCUACUUGUCAUCCUUGUACAGAGCCACCUACAUGUGCUGCCAAUUUAUGAUUAGGUGAAUGAAAGUUGAUCAUAAGAAUAUGAAGGCACGCCCGAUUCUCUUGAUACGCGGAGAUGGGCUACUAGUAAUU